GCCGUGGAACGUGAGUCAUGAAAAGACAACUAAAGUUCGCUUUCUUUCCACAAGAGCGCCUGAGCCCGUUGUAGCUGCCGGGAGAAAGCCGCCACGUCACUGCCUACUUCCUGCUUUGGUUGCCCACCCCCUGACCGAAUAUUUUCCCGGACGGUAGCGUCUGCGCUGCAGCUCAGCCGAAAGAGGCCGAGGUGGGAGCAACCAGCGACAGAGCGAGCAAGUUGCUUGGCUGAUUGACUGUUUCCAUCGCUCGUCAACAUUACCUUCGUUUUUGGAAUGUCAAGGGAAGCUCCGGAAUAAAACUCUGUGAAGCUCCGGAAUAAAACUCUACAUUGACCCUCCAUUUGCUUGGAAAACGAUUCCCUCCUUUUCGAUUUUUCCAUUUUUCUGAACCAAAUGAGCAAGGGAUAGCAUGGAAAAUAAUAGGGCAGAAUGAUGACCGAGGUAACUUUGCUUGUUAUUGGGAAAACGACAGCAAGAAUAUUUGCAGCACCCCUUUAAGGACUAUACUGGAGAUAUUUGUGCCUGUUUGCUGGGCAGUUUGCUUUGAUUACAUAAGAGAAAAGCUCAGGGAUAUAAGGAUUUAGUCAGUUUUAUUUCCAAGGAAAUGUGUGGAAAGUUGGUAGGCUAAGCCACUGUCUCCUGUGGACGACCAGCACUAAACUAUUCCCAAUAACAGGAUAACAAGGAAUGUUUUCUUCACCAUGACUGUACUGAUACUUUUUACCAAUGUUAAUGAAUAUUGAAUCUAUAGUAACAGCCUUAUCAAUGAAAUAUGUAUUAUGUGCCAGCAGCCUAUGCUCUUACUACAAGGCUUUAACAGAAUAGUCUAUUUUUUAAUUUGACUUGGGGGAAUAUUACUACUUUGCACACACAAAUUUAAGUAUUUGCUGAUCUAAAAACCAGCAGUCUGGUUGGAGCAAAAGCACCCAUUUAUGGAUAACCAGACAAGAAGAAAGAUUUGGGGCAAUAUCCUAGGCCCAAGUAUUGAGCAGCAGCUGUAGAUCUUGGCAUUAACGAAAGUCUACAUCUAGUAGGAUCGUGAGAUAGUUAGAAUCUGUCAUUAAAGUGUGUGCUUAAGGGAAGUUCUUCAACUAUGGGAUCUGCUUCAUCUCUGGUUAAUCCAAUGGUCAUUGUUGGGGAGGUGAUUGAAGAUCCAUAUGAGGGAGGGGGUGGUGAGGCCUGCGAAAUUCCUGUUGAAGUAAAGCCCAAGGCCCGUCUUCUGCGAAGUUCUUUUCGACGGGUAGGUGCAUCCCGGCCUGGAGGCCUCAUUGGCGCAAGCUUCAAGUCUACUGCUUCUGUACAAGAGCUGGAAUACAUGGCAGAGUGUGAACGCCUGAAAAAAGAAUACGAGAUAUUUCGCAUUAGCAAGAACAAUGAGGUGGCUGCCAUGAUGAAAAAAGAGGCCAAGCUGGACAAGGAAAACAAGCGCUUGAGGGCAGAGCUUCAGGCACUUCAGAAAACAUAUCAGAAAAUCCUCAGAGAAAAGGAAAGUGCUGUAGAGGCCAAAUAUCAAGCUAUGGAAAGAGCAGCUACAUUUGAACAUGAUCGUGACAAAGUCAGGAGGCAGUUCAAAAUUUUCAGAGAAACCAAGGAAAAUGAAAUUCAGGAUCUACUGAGGGCCAAGCGAGAGUUUGAAGCAAAACUUCAGAGGUUGCAAGUUCAGGGUAUCCAAAUAUUUGAUCCUGGAGAAUCAGAUUCAGAUGACAGCUGUACAGAAAUUACUGCUGCUGGAGGUCAGACAGAAUAUUGGAUGGGAGGAGCCUUGGGAAGCGAGCCUUCCAUGGGCAGCAUGAUGCAGCUUCAGCAGUCUUUUAGAGGACCUGAGUUUGCACAUAGUUCCAUAGAUGUGGAAGGACCUUUUGCAAAUGUCAAUAGAG